AUGGAAGCACCUCCAUCAAUCGCAAUUAUCGGCGGUGGACCGAGCGGUCUAGUCCUUGCUCGACUACUCGAAGUAAACGGAAUCACAGACUACAUUGUCUUUGAGCGAGAUCAGUCCUCAUUUCCAGACCCGAACCAGCAAGGUGGAACACUGGACCUGCACACAGAGUCUGGCCAAGAAGCCCUGAAGCGAGCCGGCUUGUUCGACAAGUUCAGCAACGAACUCGCGCGUUGGGACGCUGCAUGUUUGCAUGUCCUCAAUUCAGAUGGGGAGACAAUCGCCAACAUGAGUGAUGUGGGGAACCGUCCUGAGAUCGAUCGCUUACAACUUCGCCAUCUUUUGCUCGAGUCGAUUCCUCAGCAUAAAAUUCGAUGGGGACACUGUGUCAAAUCAAUCGAGAGAAAAGAGGGUGAUGAGCAGCCUAUGAAGAAUAAUGGAUGCACUAUUCACUUUACAAAUGGAUCCUCUGCUACUGGGUUCCAACUUAUUGUGGGUGCUGAUGGCGUAUGGAGCAAAGUCCGUCCUCUGCUCACACCCACAAGGCCAGUUUACUCUGGUAAACUCUACAUCGAGGGCAAAAUCUCGCACAACAAUCCGAGCUACUCCGUCGCUCAUGAGUUAGUCGGGCCUGGAAACAUGCUCGUCUUGGGCAACCAUAAGAUGAUGGCAGUGCAGCAACUAUCUGACGGCCAUUAUCGUGUUUACUUUGGACUGGCUGAACCUGAAGAUUUCUAUCAACGCAAGAUCUCCAUCGACACUGAUCCGACCGAAGCUACCGAGGCAAUGCGUUCCCGUCUUCUGUCAAAUGAUUUCUUCGCACAUUGGGCACCGCGCGUGAAGGGAUUUAUCAAAAAUGCGGAAGGCCCAUUCCGUCCCUGGCCCUUGUACUUCAUUGACCCUGAAACUGUUGGCUGGGAUCGCUGCGUUGCUCCCGGCGUGACCUUGUUGGGGGAUGCUGCUCAUGCUUCUACUCCCUUCGUUGGCGAAGGCGUGAAUUGUAGCAUGUACGAUGCAGUCAUGCUAGCUGAGAGUCUUGUCAGUCACUGCGGCAGAAACAUUACGUUGGAUAAUGUAGAUGAUAUAAAGCUGGAAGCUGCACUGGCCGCAUACGAAAAAGAUAUGUUCACACGUGGUAAAGAUUUGAUUCAGCGCAGCACUGAGAGCGGAAAAAUGCUGUUUUCGAGUAACGCCAGCUCUCAUAUUCUAGGUUUACUCAAUGAUGAUGCCGAGAAUGAACCUGCUGGUUUAGAGAAUCAUGGGAAGGUAUAG